GUAGAAACUGUAUGGAGAGGAAAAACCAUACAACACCCGAUGCAACCAUGGAAUUCCUGCUUCUGGGAUUUUCUGACCUCUUCCACUUGCAGACCGUUCUCUUCAUCAUUUUCUUAGUCAUACAUCUGGCCACACUUACAGGAAACCUUCUCAUUCUUCUAGCAGUAGCUGCUGAGCAAUGCCGCCCUCCGAUGCUUCUUUUCCUCUUCCAGCUCUCUGCUAUUGAGCUUUGCUACACCCUUGUCGUUGCCCCCAGGAUGCUGGUGAGCCUCAGCAAUCCCAGAAGAAAUACCAUCUCCUUUCUAGGCUGUGCUACUCAGAUGCAUUUCUUUGUGGCUCUGGGAGGGGCUGAAUGUUUUCUCCUCACAGUCAUGUCCUAUGAUCGCUAUAUGGCCAUCUGCCGGCCCCUGCACUAUGUGGCAGUGAUGAACCAAGGCUUCUGCCUUCAGCUUGCCAUCUUCUGCUGCCUUGGUGGCUUUGCAAUCUCAUUGGGCCUGACAGCAGCAGUCUUCUGCCAGCCUUUCUGUGCUUCCCACCAUAUCGAUCAUUUCUUUUGUGAUGUGCCUGCUUUACUGCACUUGGCUUGCACUGAGAGCUACACCAGUGAACUACCACUUCUUGCAGCUUGCAUCCUCAUUCUCCUGCUCCCCUUCCUCCUCAUCCUUGCCUCCUACAUCUGCAUCAUACUGGCCAUGUUGCAGAUUCGUGAUUCUGCUGGCCGAGGCAAAGCCUUUUCAACGUGUGCUUCUCACUUGACUGUCACUCUUUUACAUUAUGGCUGUGCCACCUUUGUGUACGUCCGACCCAAGUCUAUAUAUUCACCAGGCAGGGAUAAGAUGGUAAGUCUCCUUUACAUCAACAUCACUCCCUUGCUUUAUCCCUUGAUUUACAGUCUCCAGAACAAAGAAAUCAAAGGAGCUGUGAGAAAGCUGCUGCGAAAAAGAUUAGCUCAGCUGGACUGGCGUGCCUUUAAGACCAGGUCUGAACAAUUGGUGAACCAUUGAACUUAACACAGUCCAGAAACAAAGGCAACUUUUUUUUCUUUUUUUUAAAAUAAUUUUUAUUUAUGAUUUUCCAAAUAAAUAAAAAGUGUGGGAACAAUAUGAUAAGUAGAAAGAAUGAAUAUGCAAGAUUGCAAGAGGAGAAAAUAAAGGAAAAAGAGAAAAAAGGAAAAAAAGAAAAAAAAGAGAAAACAAACCAAACCUUGUCCAUAUGUACAUAUACACACACACACACCUCUGUAUAUAUGUAUAUAUGUAUUCCUGCACAUAAACUUGUUAACUGGUACCCACUCCCUACCCUUCCAGAUCUUCUGCACUGCUGAGUCAAAUUCCUUCUCUUCUGAACAUUAUUGCUACAAAAGCUCUUAUUUCUUAUGAGCCGAAGAUUGGUUU